AUGGACGGACGGACGGACGGAUGGACGGACGGACAUAUGAAUGGAUCGAUGGAUGGGUAGGUGGAUGGCUGGAGAGAUGGACGGACGGAUGAACCAAUGGAUGGGUAGGUGGAUGGAUGGAUGGGUGGGUGGAUGGAUGAAUGAAUGGAUGGUUCCACCCCCUGCGCAACCCAAUUGAAUGCCUGAGUACAUUACAGUACAGGUGCCCCUUUAGUCUUGACCCUAGACAUAAUAGUCAGGAGGUAGUCAGCUUGCCAGUAAUUGAGGAUUCAGGAAUAAAGGCUGAGAGAGAAUCGGGGGCUUUUGACUGAACUAGGACAUUACAAACCCUCUGUUCCUAUACUGUAUAGGUCUUCCUACAGUUUUUGUAGUAUGUUUUUCUAGUUUUUUGCGAGUCGUUCUACUAAGAUCACAGCCGGUGCAGGGGGACGAUCUGAAACACACUUUCUCCUUUACACUCGAUUGCUGCAGGGCUCUGUUUUGUGGAGAUUUGUCUCCCUCUGCUGUUUGAUUAACCAAAUGACCCAGAAUUUUCCCGUCGUUUCCCUUACCUCUGUCAAAUUAUUGUCAAGUGGGACUGUGACGGUUCUCAUCCAGUCACAAUCUCAUAGAAAUGAUCAUGAAUGCAAAGGUACUAUUUCAUUUUUUAUUGAGCACCGUGGUGUAAGAUGUGCAGCAGUGUGUGGAGCUCGGGGCCAGACACACAGCGGGCACACAGUAUCUAACAGAAGAACAAACACAUUUUACCGAUAUCUUGUCCAUUAUUAGAACGAUCAUCUACCGUAUUGGUCCGAAUAUAAGACGACCCUGAUUAUAAGACGACCCCCCGUUUUUCAACACAAACAUUUAGAAAAACAGAUUUGCAGACUAGAUUUGCCGAACAAAGAACUUCAUUUUAUUUUAAAAUAACAAUAUUAAAAACACAGUGAAUUAAACACAAAGGCAAACUAUGUACAGUAUGAUUCAAAAUUAAUAUCAAGCAAUAAUAAAGCAACAUUUUUAAAUAACAGAGAAAAUACAGGCCACACAUUUAACUAAACUUAACAAAAAUUCGCCAAACUUCUCCUCCGAUGUCUCUCUAUCCCUCACACACGUCCUCUGCCCCGCUGUGUUCGCUCUCGCUGUCAUCGCUCCCCAGCUGCUCCGCUUCCACCGGCUCCUCCCAAAGCACGUCGUCCUCGCUGCCGUCCAAUGCAUUUGAGAUGCAACAUUUUUUAAAGCCAUCGAUGAUGCUCUGUGAGGGAAUAGCAUCCCAUGCAUGCAGGAUCCAUUCACACAGUAGACGGACUGACGGCUUCUGUAUUUUCCCGGUCGGUGUGAGUGCGUGGUUGCCAGACAGGAGCCACUCUGUGUAUUUUUUUCGCAGGUUAUCCUUGAAAGGCUUGUUCACAACUACGUCCAACACCUGUAGCUGGCUUGUCAUUCCCCCUGGUAUGAUCACAAGAUCCCCGUUCAUUGCUCGCACCUGACUUUUCACGGGCUCAGUCAGAUGUCCGCGGAACGCAUCCAGAACGAGCAUGUUCCUCCUCUUCCUCAGUCCCCCGUAGCGUGCGCCCCACACAACCUUUAGCCAGUCCACUACAAGCCCCGACUCCAUCCAGCCCUUCUCCUGGGCGCGCACAAUAAUGCCAGCUGGCAUUGGGUCCUUUGGCACAGUCUUACGCUUAAGAAUGACAUACGGGGGGAGUUUGCUGCCACCAGCGAGACAUGUCAACAUGACAGUGACGCGGCUCUUCUCGUUGCCCGUUGAUUUCACCAACACAGACUUUUCUCCCUUUCUAUUGACAGUCACCGAUGUUGGCAUGUCGAAAUAAACGGGUGUCUGAUCAGCAUUGCCGAUCUGAUCCAGCGGGUAGGAGUGCUUCUUCCUCAGGUUGAUAACAAAGCGCUGAAACGAAAGCAGCUUCUCUCCGAAGUCUGACGGCAGGCGUUGGGCCAAACUCGUUCUCCGUCUAAGUGACAGUCCAUUACGCCGCAUCAUCCUACGACACCAGCCGAGGCUGGCUUUAAAUCCAGUGAUGUUGAGCUCUCUGGCGAUUUCCAGGGCCUUAACCUGGAUGACAGCUCUGGUAAUGGGCAUUCCCUCACUUCUUUUUUCCCUGACAUAUUCAAAAACCCUCCGGUCAACCUCAAUGAAACGACCACUUUGAGGACCACGGAAGGAUUUUCGCUGACUGUUAGCAUCUUUUAGACGUUGUUUUUCUGCUCGCCAUCUUCUUACAUUACACUCAGUGACCCCGAAUGUCUUGGCAGCUUGGCAGUUGUUAGAUGACUCUGCCUUAUUGACAACCAUUAUUUUGAAAUUGGCAUCAUAGCUCCUCCGCUGUUGUUUAUUGACCUGGCCCACUUUUGAGCCACUUGUCUCUAAAUGGUCAGCCUGUCUUUCCAUCUUUAAACACCGGUAACGGGCUGGUUGUUAAGGACGCCUCUUCCCUCCGUCCGGAACGAAUUUUUGGCGCCAUCUGUGCCCGCGAAUGUGUAUUGACAUUUAAAGGGAGCGCCGAAGAAGAGAAACUGCGCUCUGAAUACUAGACCCCGAAUAUAAGACGACCCGACUUUUUUGGACCUAUUUCGAGGGGAAAAAAGGCCGUCUUAUAUUCGGACCAAUACGGUAAUAUUGUUAAGAAUCGUUAUGUUGUGCUCUGUUUAUGAUUAGCUGCGCCAUAAAGUUACCACAUCAAACCCACUCCAACGCCCUCAUGCUCCAACAGAACACCACCCCAAUACCAGACUUUAAUUAAACAGGCAUGACAGAAUUGAAGUGAUAUACAUUUACAUUUUAGUAAUUUAGCAGACGCUCUUAUCCAGAGCGACGUUAGUGAGUGCAUAAUUUUUUUUUCUUCAUACUAAUCAAAUUAUGAAAAACAAAGAUAUAAUCAAACAAAAAGGAAAGAAAAGUAACCCUUAUUUGGGUUAGUUUAUGGAGUUGUGAAAUUAGCUAGGUCCAUGUUUUCUACAAAAGAUAGGAAAAGCUGCCAGAUAUCAUAAAAUUGAAUUGCAGAUCAUCUUAGGGAAUAGUGCAUUUCCUCUAGCUUGAGAUGUUGCAUGACUUCCUUUAUCCAAGGAAGGAGGAAACCGAUCUUUCCACGUUAACAAUAUAAGACGUCUAACUAUUAGAGUAGCCUAGUAAAUGCUACCAUAUUGCCCAUUUAACUGUCCAGAGGGGCAUCCUGUGUUGCCACUCCGAAUAAUGCAACAAAGCAGUGGUGCCGUUUAAAAUGAGGGAGAUUAUACUUUUUUUUAAUGAACAUGGCCUUAUUUCUAUUACAGCACAUUGGAUGACUGUUAUUCAUAUUCCAUUCACCCAGCUCAAUGUAACAUCGAUAUGUUUAGGCUACUAAAUGAUACUCUUAUUUUCCCUGUACCCAUCAUGAGGCUGCUACAACCUAGCCUGAAUGAACGUUUACUAAGUAGGUGCACAGGUCGAGAGAAUUUUGAGUAAUCUAGGUGACAGACAGUGACACAUUCAGUACAGACUUUCACGCUCUUGCCUGCAUCUAGCUGAUCAAGGGUGUAAUCAUUAGUCCAACAGUUGCAAACGAGAGAUUCUAUUGGACAAAUUCAGGUAUGUUUAUCCCGUUUUGUUCCAUUUGCUUCCGUUUAAGAAACGUUUUUCAAAAUAAUCGGCGCAAUGAAUACACCCCUCAUCACACGCAAACACAGUUCAUUUUCAUAGCAGCCACAUACAGUUGAAGUCGGAAGUUUACAUACACCUUAGCCAAAUACAUUUAAACUCAGUUUUUCACAAUUCCUGACAUUUAAUCCUAGUAAAAAUUCCCUGUCUUAGGUCAGAAAGGAUCACCACUUUAUUUUAAGAAUGUCAGAAUAAUAGUAGAGAGAAUGAUUUAUUUAAGCUUUUAUUUAUUUCAUCACAGUCCUAGUGGGUCAGAAGUUUACAUACACUCAAUUAGGUUUUGGUAGCAUUGCCUUUAAAUUGUUUAACUUGGGUCAAACGUUUCGGGUAGCCUUCCACAAGCUUCCUACAAUAAGUUGGGUGAAUUUUGGCCCAUUCCUCCUGACAGAGCUGGUGUAACUGAGUCAGGUUUGUAGGCCUCCUUGCUCGCACAUGCUUUUUCAGUUCUGCCCACACAUUUUCUAUAGGAUUGAGGUCAGGGCUUUGUGAUGGCCACUCCAAUACCUUGACUUUGUUGUCCUUCAGCCAUUUUGCCACAACUUUGGAAGUAUGCUUGGGGUCUUUGUUCAUUUGGAAGACCCAUUUGCGACCAAGAUUUAACUUCCUGACUGAUGUCUUGAGAUGUUGCUUCAAUAUAUCCACAUAAUUUUCCUUCCUCAUGAUGCCAUCUAUUUUGUGAAGUGCACCAGUCCCUCCUGCAGCAAAGCACCCCCACAGGAUGAUGCUGCCACCCCCGUGCUUCACGGUUGGGAUGGUGUUCUUCGGCUUGCAAGCAACCCCCUUUUUCCUCCAAACAUAACGAUGGUCAUUAUGGCCAAACAGUUCAAUUUUUGUUUCAUCAGACCAGAGGAUAUUUUCCAAAAAGUACGAUCUUUGUCCAAAUGUGCAGUUGCAAACCGUAGUCUGGCUUUUUUAUGGCGGUUUUGGAGCAGUGGCUUCUUCCUUACUGAGCGGCCUUUCAGGUUAUGACGAUAUAGGACUUGUUUUACUGUGGAUAUAGAUACUUUUGUACCUGUUUCCUCCAGCAUCUUCACAAGGUUCUUUGCUGUUGUUCUGGGAUUGAUUUGUACUUUUCGCACCAAAGUACGUUCAUCUCUAGGACACCGAACACGUCUCCUUCCUGAGCGGUAUGACGGCUGCGUGGUCCCAUGGUGUUUAUACUUGCAGGCGUUUGGAAAUUGCUCCCAAGGAUGAACCAGACUUGUGGAGGCCUACAAUUUUUUUUCUGAGGUCUUGGCUGAUUUUUUUUGAUUUUCCCAUGAUGUCAAGCAAAGAGGCACUGAGUUUGAAGGUACGCCUUGAAAUACAUCCACAGGUAAUACAUUAAUAAAACCAAAAGCUUAUGUUGACUUGGAAGAGUUCCAGUGUUGGAUAGCCAUAGCCAUAGCCAGCUAGCUAACAUAGCAUCCCUCUUUGUUUGAGCCAGGUGUUUGAGUAGGCUAAUUGAGCUAGCUAAGUAAGUGAAAGUGAAAAUGAAAUAUAGCUAUCUCUCUCUCUCUCUCUCUCUCUCUCUCUCUCUCUCUCUCUCUCUCUCUCUCUCUCUCUCUCUCUCUCUCUCUCUCUCUCUCUCUCUCUCUCUCUCUCUCUCUCUGAACCCUUGAUUGGGUGGACAACAUGUCAGUUCAUGCUGCAAGAGCUCUGACAGGUUGGAGGACCUCCUCCGGAAGUUGUCAUAAUUACUGUGUAAGUCUAUGGAGGGGGUGAGAACCAUGAGCCUCCUAGGUUUUGUAUUGAAGACAAUGUACCCAGAGGUGGACAGAAGCUAGCUGUCUGCCGGCUACACCAUGGUGCUAUCCUACAGAGUGCUGCUGAGGAUUCUGUAGACCUUCAUUGCAAAACAGUGGGUUUUAAUGAAUUAUUUGGUGACGUGAAUAUAUAUAUAGUAUAGUCUUAUCUAAAAAAUAAUAACUUUUUAAAUGUUUCACUAUUUUUAUUUUUAUGAAAUUCACUGAGUAGGAUGGUCCUCCCCUUCCUCCUCUGAGGAGUCUCCACUGCAACAAAGGCAGAAGGUUCUAUAGGUCUCUCCAGUACCUUGGAAAACGUCUUAAAAAUGGACUUCCAGAAAUCAAUACAUUUUGGGCAUGUCCAAAACAUGUGAAAUAAAGUAGCAGGAGCCUGCUUUAAUACAUCAGUCACAAGUGGGAUCUAUUUCUGGUCUAAUCUUGGAUAAUUUUUCCUUUGACCACUGCAGCCGACUAUUUUAAAUUGUAUUAUAGCAUGUCUCAGAAUGUAUUCUCUGAAGCAUACUUUCAUCGGAAAGUUGUUCACCUAAAUCCUCUUCCAGUGGUCUGUCUGUUUAACAGAGGCUCACAUCCUUUCAAGAGGAGUACCUUAAAAUCCCUUCUGUAAGGAGUAUAAUUUCAGCACAAGUCAUGCACCUCUCCAUGAGCUCCGUUGAGAUGAUGACUGUUCUUCCUAGUCUGUGAUUGUGGCUACUUCCUCCUUUAUUAGUUAUAGCUUAUACAGUGUUAUUUUCCAACCCAUGAUUGUGAAAUUAUUGCAUGUUUCAUUGUCACAUGUUCCAUGAUGCGGAUGCUACAGUAACUAUACGACUGGGCUUGUGUAUCAUCAGAUCCAAGACAGACCCAACAUCUAACUGUCCCUCCACAACAUCAACAUCGUAGUUGAGGUGCCAUGGCUGGUGGAUCAAUUGAGAGAAGGUGGCAGAGAAGCAAGCAAGGUCAUAGUGUACUGCAGGUUUGUUGAGUCCAAGGGAACAUACACCCUUUAAGAGGCACUGACAUAUUGUGUUAUGCGGCAUGCAUUACAGUGCAUCCACUGUCGUGACAAUAAAUGAUGCAUUUGGCAAUUCCUUCAUGUAAAAAAAUACAUGUAGGAAUGUCUGUAGGAAUGAAUCAUUAACAAUUCGGUACCAGUAUUACUUGUCUUUGAUGUCUGCAGGACCAUCAAACGGGUCACGGAAGUUUACCUCCGCCUUCAGGAAGCACUGGGACCUUAUGCCUGGAGAAACUCAGUGCAUAGAUACGAGAAUGGUGGAGAUGUUUCACAACCAGACAGACACAGAGACAUUCUGUCGGACUUUACCUCUGACAAUGGCCACAUCAGGUAUGUGGUGGCCAUAGUGGCGUUCGGCAUGGGCAUCCAGGUGGACAACAUCAGACGGGUGGUGCAUUUGGGGGCUUCCAGUGACCUCCUUUCCUGCUGGCAGGAAGUUGGGAGGUGUGCAAGGGACCACAAGGAAGGAAAGGCACACCUACAGUGGGGAAAAAAGUAUUUAGUCAGCCACCAAUUGUGCAAGUUCUCCCACUUAAAAAGAUGAGAGAGGCCUGUAAUUUUCAUCAUAGGUACACGUCAACUAUGACAGACAAAAUGAGAAAUAUUUUUCCAGAAAAUCACAUUGUAGGAUUUUUAAUGAAUUUAUUUGCAAAUGAUGGUGGAAAAUAAGUAUUUGGUCAAUAACAAAAGUUUCUCAAUACUUUGUUAUAUACCCUUUGUUGGCAAUGACACAGGUCAAACGUUUUCUGUAAGUCUUCACAAGGUUUUCACACACUGUUGCUGGUAUUUUGGCCCAUUCCUCCAUGCAGAUCUCCUCUAGAGCAGUGAUGUUUUGGGGCUGUCGCUGGGCAACACGGACUUUCAACUCCCUCCAAAGAUUUUCUAUGGGGUUGAGAUCUGGAGACUGGCUAGACCACUCCAGGACCUUGAAAUGCUUCUUACGAAGCCACUCCUUUGUUGCCCGGGCGGUGUGUUUGGGAUCAUUGUCAUGCUGAAAGACCCAGCCACGUUUAAUCUUCAAUGCCUUUGCACUCAAAAUCUCAUGAUACAUGGCCCAAUUCAUUCUUUCCUUUACACGGAUCAGUCGUCCUGGUCCCUUUGCAGAAAAACAGCCCCAAAGCAUGAUGUUUCCACCCCCAUGCUUCACAGUAGGUAUGGUGUUCUUUGGAUGCAACUCAGCAUUCUUUGUCCUCCAAACACGACGAGUUGAGUUUUUACCAAAAAGUUCUAUUUUGGUUUCAUCUGACCAUAUGACAUUCUCCCAAUCCUCUUCUGGAUCAUCCAAAUGCACUCUAGCAAACUUCAGACGGGCCUGGACAUGUACUGGCUUAAGCAGGGGGACACGUCUGGCACUGCAGGAUUUGAGUCCCUGGCGGCGUAGUGUGUUACUGAUGGUAGGCUUUGUUACUUUGGUCCCAGCUCUGCAGGUCAUUCACUAGGUCCCCCCGUGUGGUUCUGGGAUUUUUGCUCACCGUUCUUGUGAUCAUUUUGACCCCACGGGGUGAGAUCUUGCAUGGAGCCCCAGAUCGAGGGAGAUUAUCAGUGGUCUUGUAUGUCUUCCAUUUCCUAAUAAUUGCUCCCACAGUUGAUUUCUUCAAACCAAGCUGCUUACCUAUUGCAGAUUCAUUCUUCCCAGCCUGGUGCAGGUCUACAAUUUUGUUUCUGGUGUCCUUUGACAGCUCUUUGGUCUUGGCCAUAGUGGAGUUUGGAGUGUGACUGUUUGAGGUUGUGGACAGGUGUCUUUUAUACUGAUAACAAGUUCAAACAGGUGCCAUUAAUACAGGUAACGAGUGGAGGACAGAGGAGCCUCUUAAAGAAGAAGUUACAGGCUGUGAGAGCCAGAAAUCUUGCUUGUUUGUAGGUGACCAAAUACUUAUUUUCCACCAUAAUUUGCAAAUAAAUUCAUAAAAAAUCCUACAAUGUGAUUUUCUGGAGAAAAAAAAUCUCAAUUUGUCUGUCAUAGUUGACGUGUACCUAUGAUAAAAAUGACAGGCCUCUCUCAUCUUUUUAAGUGGGAGAACUUGCACAAUUGGUGGCUGACUAAAUACUUUUUUCCCCCACUGUAUAUGUUUUCCCUAGGUGAGGAAGGUGAUCCUGUCCUUUGGCCUUAACAACAAGGACAAGGGCACGACUCAGUCCCACAACGAGAGUGUUCUCCUCCUGUUCAACACAGCGGCUCGAGUGUUCCCCAGCGCAUCAAUCUGGGUGCCGAAAGUGAACAUCUCCAGCAAGCUGAGGGAGACGCAGAGGGAUCGGCUUAAGGCUCUCAACGGUUGCAUCUUCGGUCUGCAGUACAUCCCCCUGUUGCCACGAUGGGAGUUCGUCGUGGAUGAGGACCUUGUCCAUUGGGUGCCUGCCACUGGCAAGAUGAUCUGGAAGCUCUGGAAGAGGUUUUUCAACUAGGCGGGCUCUCUAGCCCAGUACCUGGGGAGAGUAAUGACGUUGUAAACCUAUCCAGACACUCUGCCCGACAUUGGCUCAGACUACGACCAGGUUUGUUAUUUAUUCCAACGCUGGGCAUUACAUGGGGCUGCAAGACACAACUACGCACAGAGGUUAAUUCAUACCACAGACAAUUGAAGCUGGCUGCAUAUUUUGAAGAUGACGAAACUGAUCUGUCCGACAGGCCUUGUUUCAUGCCAUAAUUUAUAAAUACGUUUACCACCUGCAUGUCUGCGGUUAGAGGUGUUCAAUGGUUACACCAUAAGGGAGAUAAACACUCCAAAUAGACCUAAUGGGACCACACCUGGGAUAGUAAAGACAGACAAGAAUGAAUGUAAAGCAUAAGUUGUAUUCCUUUUUCAACAGUGUAAUCCUUUCUGAUUUAUAAGCAUCUGCUGAAGAAUGUGCUGCAUGGCAGCCACUGCCUCCAGCAUUGAGGUCUCGAACCGCCUUCUCCUCUGAGUUCAAGUUUUAUUGUCACAUGCAUAAGAACAUAGCCAACUGUCUCUGAAUUGUAUUUGUACUUUGAGGUUAAAAUUCUCAAUUUCAGUUUAUAUAUUUUUCUUGGUCCUGUGCAGACUUUGUAAAUCAAACAAAUACAUGUGUGAACACCAAAACGUAUUUUUAGAAGAAAUUGUGAAUUAUUUAUAAGCUGUAUGUCAUUCAUUACCUGAGUGGAAUAAGAAAUACCGAAGGUCAUAUUGUGUUAAUCAUAACCCUAUGCACCAGAGUCAUUAACCUCAAAGCACUGCCAAGUGGUUCUCCCCUGGCCCGUCUCCCGGCAGCGUUCUUUGGCCCGUUUGUAGGUUCUUAGCAUGUUCCCCAAUUUACAUCUGACCUUCUCAGUUCUUCUCAGGGUAACCAUCUUCUUGUUGAAGGCAUUUGGCGGGACCCUGAGAGCCAGCAUGUUGAGUCAGGCGAGUUUGAGAGAUGGAGGGACCCACGAGAGCCAGGAGUCAGGAGAGUUUGGGACACAGAGGCAGCUUGUCCAGCAUUCUUACCUAAUCAGUGACAAAUGACAGUAAUCAGAUGGGACAUAUUUCAUGUAUUUAUAUUGUACUUGAUUAUUUAUCGCAUUAAGUACUUUCAGUGUUUACGAAAUUACGACCCUUGUGUGAAGUUUGCGGUGCUGAACUUGAUAUCUUGGCAUUUGCUGUGCCCGAGCUACAUUACUGGGAAUUGAAUAUUGCGUGUUACACUGAAAUUAUUAUAUCAGCCUUUUGUAUUGAAAACACUGAAACUGCCAUUCUAAGUCCGUCAACCCCUACAGCUUGUGUACUAUUUCAAACCUUAACUCUUUUUAAUAAAAUAUAUAUUUUGUGAUAAUCCUGUGUUGUGUGAUUCCAUUACCAGCAUCCAGUUGUGGUCUCCAUUGAUCCUGGACAGGGCCACAUCCCAACAGGGCCACAUCCCUACAGGACUACAUCCCUACAUGGCUACAUCCCUACAGGGCUACAUCCCUACAGGGCUACAUCCCAACAGGGCUACAUCCCUACAGGGCUACAUCCCUACAGGGCUACAUCCCAAAUGGCUACAUCCCUACAGGGCUACAUCCCUACAGGGCUACAUCCCUACAGGGCUACAUCCCAACAGGGCUACAUCCCUACAGGGCUACAUCCCAACAGGGCCACAUCCCAACAGGGCCACAUCCCAACAGGGCCACAUCCCAACAGGGCUACAUCCCUACAGGGCUACAUCCCAACAGGGCCACAUCCCAAAAGGGCCACAUCCCAACAGGGCCACAUCCCUACAGGGCCACAUCCCUACAGGGCUACAUCCCAACAGGGCUACAUCCCUACAGGGCUACAUCCCUACAGGGCUACAUCCCUACAGGGCUACACCCCUACAGGGCUACAUCCCCACAGGGAUGAAGUUUCGUAAUGGUUAGGUUGUUACGAAUGCACUGAUAUAAGUGGACGCAUGUGUCAUUUCGGCAACUUUGGAAAAAACUAUUUUAUAUCGGAGUUGUGCCUGUUGUUCACACACAUAUCUGCCCACUCAUUGGCUAGAAUGGUCCCACCUGACCUCGCCUCCUCCUGCCUGCCUUCCAUCUUUGAGGACAUGCGUUAGAGCAGUCACUCGACUAUCUUGUCAAUAUAAUAGAUCAUAUUUGGUUACAACCAUCCGACAGGUGGCAUCAUUCUAAAUAAUCAAGCUUUUGUACAAUUACACAAUAAAACACAAUAAAUAUCUUUGCUGGCUGUCUCCAUAUCCGCACAGUUACCAAACACAGGUUGUACUCAGGAUAGGCCUAUUUACAAUUAACAUAUUAAUACAACACAGAGACUGGACAGAAGCCUUGUCAGCUGUGAUUGGGUGGAUUCGAUUAUGCUGAGCCUCUGGUCACCGGUCUAUGGCCCGUGACUUGAAUGGGCAAAAGCGGUGAGGGAGGAGCGCCCUUCUCAAAUGGAACAGUAAUCUGCGCUGCUCGGCCAUGUUGUCAACAAGGCAGCACUGUGCAUCGUCCAGAAACAUACAACAUAUUUUUCCAUAAAAUAUAUGUUUGAAUUUUCAAACUAGUUUUCAUUGGGAAGGCACAUAAGGUGUUUUUAUCAAAACCAAUCACUUUUGCAUGUGAAAACACAGAAUCCUACUCAUAAUUAAGUCACUUUUGUUCUGAGACGACUUCGCCGUGGGUUUUGAACGGGGCGCCUGGCUCUCGCCCGGGAGGCAGCCCAGUUCCAAAACUAAUGCAAUCAACUUUCACUCGAUGCGCAACACGACAACCCGGGCGGCGUGGCCAGGUUUAUCGAAUCCCCUCAAUGAACAUAGGUUUGCUGCUACAGUAGGUCAGGGCUGCGUUCAGUACGAAAAAAACAUACUGCGACGUUCAAUUACACAGAAAUGGUGCUGUCCUGAAUGACCAGUUGAAAAACAAGGAGGGGUUGGGUUGUGGGUUCGAAAUGCACUGAUGCCCUUUAAAUAUGUCACUCAUUGCAUCAAGCCACACCCCACCACACCCACCAAACGGAGCAAACGUACCUCAAAGUCUGUUCAUGAACGUUCAGUACAAGCCGUUACCGAACGUAGCAAACAUUUAAUCGAACUGAACGCACCCCUGUGUGCGUUUUCCAGAGCCACUCCUGCAACCAAUCAGAGCAAACAACCAAUUAAUUCAAAUGGCCAAUGACCUUACAAUUCACAAUCACAUGACUGCAAUAUUUUUUUCUAGUAAUUGCACCUCCACCCUCUUACAACAUGAUUUAAUUGUUUAGGAAUGUCAUGUGAAAUCUCUAAUAAGUGUAAUGCACGUUUAUUUUGUCAUUGAUAGGCUCUACACUUACCUGCUUAUUCCACGUUCUUCUAUGGAUGCCCUCCAUUUAUUUAUAACAUACACUGAUUACUCAUUUAUUCUCUAUUCAUCAGCGCCACCACCUCCAGCACAGUAUGUGGUAGCAUUCACCUAAAACGUUUGUUUGCGGACCACCAUUAUACCAGAGAAGAAGAAGAAGAAGAAGAAGAAGAAGAACUCAGUGCAAACCAAUGAUUUAUAUAAACCCUGGAUUGCAAUAUUAUCUAUUGGCCAUUGAGUGCUUUGAGGCCACAGGUCGGCCAUAUUGGCACUCAGUAGGCACAGUCCUCCAUAGGAAUUAAUGGAAUUCUACAGUAUUUCAUUAAAUGUUUCAAGGACAAACUUACAUGUAUCUACGUAACAUUAGCUAUCUCAAAAAAUCAUUUCAAAAUAUGCAUUAUGGUGUCUGUAAUAGAAUAAAUGUGGCAAAAACUAAUGACGUUAAUAAAUGCAUUUCUAUAGCUUCCAAAAUAUUUUUUACGACGUCGGGGGAGAGCCAAGAUGGAGGCAGGGUGGCUUCAACACAGCGCCCCCUAUUGUCAUCUAGUGUAUAUAUAAAUCAUUGCCGCAAACUCAGCCCAAACCCAGCGCAUGCAGUCACAUGAGAACGCGCCAUGGCUUCAGUUACCUCAACCAGUCGCUCAACGCGCUCCUCCCGACGAAGUGGCGCCGGCCCGUCCAGCACCAGCCCAACCCGGCUCUCACGCAGCCAGGAGAAAGAGGAGCUUAGCCAUCUGAACGACCGCCUGGCCGCCUACAUAGAGCGUGUCCGCCAGCUGGAGAAUGACAAGUCCUCCAUGCUGCUUCUCCUGGAGGAGAAAGAGGAGUCCACUACCCGGGAGACGGCCAACGUUCGGCGGCUGUACGAGGCGGAGUUGGCCGACGCGAGGAAGAGCUUGGACGUGCUGGCGAACGAAAGGGCCCGGCUGCAGAUCGAGAUGGGUCAUCUUUCUGAAGAGCAUAGUAAACUACAAGCCAGGUAGAUAUGAUAACCUGCAAACAAAUCUAUGUAUCUAUGUUUGUCCUGUGCAUUCGCGCUGUUGUCAUUGAUUGUUGAGAUCCAUCGUUUUUGAUAAAAUAGCAUAAAGUGUUAGUUUACAAUCAGGCCUACAUUUUGGAGUGAAAAGUUUAUAUUUUGGGGUAGGGUACGACAGUUGAACUAAACUCAUGAGGCAUUUUUAAGUUAGAUUCUUCAAAAAUCAAUGGGUAGCCUGUAUCAUUUAAUUUAAACAAUCGCACAUUCUCCAUUUUUUAAAUAAUAAUAAAUAGGUGGGUGCUUAUAUUUGUCCUAUUUCACCUAUGUACAACUGUAUAUUAUACACGUGAAUUGCUAAUGUGUUUUUUGUAUAUCCCAACAGACACCCUUGGAGAGUGGGGUUCCACAUUUAUGAUAAUAUAAUGUAUUUUUCUGUGCAGGAUAUGAUCUACAGAUAGUAAGGCAUAUCCAUGAUUACUUUUGAGGAAGAGACCUCAGAGAGAUUUGGUUCAUUAUCUCUCUUUCCUAAUAUGAAGCAUGAUAAUAUCCUUCUGUCUCUUGUUUUAAUAACGACAAUAUAGCCUAAUAACAAAGAAUCAUAUGCCAUGCAUGAUGUGUAUUAACAUCCACAAUAAAAGUAACAAUUGAAUUAUACCCAGAAUAAAACCUGAUCUCUAAUAUCCUGCCCUUCAGGAAGUGAAACAUAUAACCUCUUUUAAUCUCUAUUCUAUCCUACCAGGAACCAUAGCAACCACCUGUCUUCUAAGUCCUCUUUUCCUCCCACCAGGUGUUUGUGUAGUAAUAAUGGCAAGGAGUCAGAGCGAAGAGUUAAAGGGUGACAACUCAGUGAUUCCCCUUGUUUUUCUGUUGCACAUUUAAAGGCCCAGUGAUUUUCCUGUGUUUUAUAUAUAUUUCCACACUAUAAGGUUGGAAUAAUACUGUAAAAAUGAUGAUAAUGCACUUUUAGUGUAAAACCUGUUUGAAAAGACUGCCUGUAAUUUCAGCCUGUUUUGGUGGGAUGGAGUUUUGGCCUUCCAUGAUUACAUCACAAUGUGGUGAAUGAGUUAAUAGACCAAUCAGAAAGAGUUCCAAGCAUCUCUGCCAAUAACAGAUGAUUUUCAGUUUUCCCCUCCCCAUUCAGACCACUCUGAAAGUCCUAGCAAAAUUCUUGCUUGAGAAAUUACUAACUUAUAAUAAUAAUAAUAUGCCAUUUAGCAGACGCUUUUAUCCAAAGCGACUUACAGUCAUGCGUGCAUACAUUUUUGUGUAUGGGUGGUCCCGGGGAUCGAACCCACUACCCUGGCGUUAGAAUCUUUCAAUUUAAAUUAUUAUAUACAAUUCUUGCUACCAAUAUAAUGUUAUUUAUAUGGGGGAUACAAUCUUCCCAACUCUGCAGAUUUUGCUGCGAAGAGACAGAAUCAUUAGAUCAUUUGUUUUGGUACUGUCCAUUUGUAGCUUGUUUUUGGACACAGGUCCAGGAAUGGCUAAAGUAUUGCAAUAUUUACCUGGAGCUAACCCUGCAGAUAGCACUACUGGGUGAUCUGAAAGCACUACUGGGUGAUCUGAAAAGUCAUAGUCAAUCGAUCAAUAGCAUAAUACUAUUAGCAAAAAUGUUUAUUUUCAAUUCACAAUCUGUAGAAACAAUGAGAAUAGAAAGGUUCAGAACUUUUGUAAGACAUCGCAGUACAGUUGAAAUAUAUAUGGCAAAUAGAAAUCCUAUAUGGAUGGUGUUAAAAGAUAGAUGGGAGGUGUUGAAUGGAAUUGAAGGAUGGGACUAAUAACAACUAACAACAAAUAAUAACAAGAUAACUAAUAAUGUUGGCACGCUGUAUCCAUAAUAAGUGUAUGGGUUGUAAGUUGGGAGCUUUUGUGAAGGAGCAUAGUUAGAAAUAUAUGGCAUAUAGAAGCAAACCGGAUGGACAUCAUGAAAAUGAUCGGAGAGGUUGAGAGUAGAAGAAGUUCAGGAGAAAGAACAAACAAAAUGUAAUUACUGUAAAAUUGACUGUGUCCAUAAAAUGUAGAUAGUGGGUAUGGGCUGGAAGUAGAGGCCUAGGUGUUGUUGUUCACUAGUUUACUCCAAGUGGGGAAAGGGUGGCGGGGUUGGAAAGUAAUAAAGGGGAAUAUAUAUAUAUUUUUUAAAGGAUAUGUAUGUACAGUGGGGAGAACAAGUAUUUGAUACACUGCCGAUUUUGCAGGUUUUCCUACUUACAAAGCAUGUAGAGGUCUGUAAUUUUUAUCAUAGGUAGUACACUUCAACUGUGAGAGACGGAAUCUAAAACAAAAAUCCAGAAAAUCACAUUGUAUGAUUUUUAAGUAAUUCAUUUGCAUUUUAUUGCAUGACAUAAGUAUUUGAUCACCAACCAACCAGUAAGAAUUCCGUCUCUCACGGACCUGUUAGUUUUUCUUUAAGAAGCCCUCCUGUUCUCCACUCAUUACCUGUAUUAACUGCACCUGUUUGAACUCGUUACCUGUAUAAAAGACACCUGUCCACACACUCAAUCAAGCAGACUCCAACCUCUCCACAAUGGCCAAGACCAGAGAGCUGUGUAAGGACAUCAGGGAUAAAAUUGUAGACCUGCACAAGGCUGGGAUGGGCUACAGGACAAUAGGCAAGCAGCUUGGUGAGAAGGCAACAACUGUUGGCGCAAUUAUUAGAAAAUGGAAGAAGUUCAAGAUGACGUUCAAUCACCCUCGGUCUGGGGCUCCAUGCAAGAUCUCACCUCGUGGGGCAUCAAUGAUCAUGAGGAAGGUGAGGGAUCAGCCCAGAACUACACGGCAGGACCUGGUCAAUGACCUGAAGAGAGCUGGGACCACAGUCUCAAAGAGAACCAACAAGCUGAACCCUGGCAAGACGGAGCUGCUCUUCCUCCCGGGGAAGGACUGCCCGUUCCAUGAUCUCGCCAUCACGGUUGACAACUCCGUUGUGUCCUCCUCCCAGAGUGCGAAGAGCCUUGGCGUGACCCUGGACAACACCCUGUCGUUCUCCGCUAACAUCAAGGCGGUGACCCGCUCCUGCAGGUUCAUGCUCUACAACAUUCGGAGAGUACGACCCUGCCUUACACAGGAAGCGGCACAGGUCCUAAUCCAGGCACUUGUCAUCUCCCGUCUGGAUUACUGCAACUCGCUGUUGGCUGGCCUACCUGCCUGUGCCAUUAAACCCCUACAACUCAUCCAGAACGCCGCAGCCCGUCUGGUGUUCAACCUUCCCAAGUUCUCUCACGUCACCCCCCUCCUCCGCACACUCCACUGGCUUCCAGUUGAAGCUCGCAUCCGUUACAAGACCAUGGUGCUUGCCUAUGGAGCAGUGAGGGGAACGGCACCUCUGUACCUUCGGGCUCUGAUCAGUCCCUACACCCAAACGAGGGCAUUGCGUUCAUCCACCUCUGGCCUGCUGGCUCCCCUUCCUCUGCGGAAGCAUAGUUCCUGCUCAGCCCAGUCAAAACUGUUCGCUGCUCUGGCACCCCAAUGGUGGAACAAGCUCCCUCACGACGCCAGGACAGCGGAGUCACUCACCACCUUCCGGAGACAUUUGAAACCCCACCUCUUUAAGGAAUACAUGGGAUAGGAUAAAGUAAUCCUUCUACCCCCCCCAAAAAAAAAUUUGUAAAGUGGUUAUCCCACUGGCUAUAGGGUGAAUGCACCAAUUUGUAAGUCGCUCUGGAUAAGAGCGUCUGCUAAAUGACUAAAAUGUAAAAUGUAAUUAGUAACACACUACGCCGUCAUGGAUUAAAAUCCUGCAGCGCACGCAAGGUCCCCCUGCUCAAGCCAGUGCAUGUCCAGGCCCGUCUGAAGUUUGCCAAUGACCAUCUGGAUGAUCCAGAGCAGGAAUGGGAGAAGGUCAUGUGGUCUGAUGAGACAAAAAUAGAGCUUUUUGGUCUAAACUCCACUUGCUGUGUUUGGAGGAAGAAAAAGGAUGAGUACAACCCCAAGAACACCAUCCCAACCGUGAAGCAUGGAGGUGGAAACAUCAUUCUUUGGGGAUGCUUUUCUGCAAAGGGGACAUGACGACUGCACCGUACUGAGGGGAGGAUGGAUGGGGCCAUGUAUCACGAGAUCUUGGCCAACAACCUCCUUCCCUCAGUAAGAGCAUUGAAGAUGGGUUGUGGCUGGGUCUUCCAGCAUGACAACGACCCGAAACACACAGCCAGGGCAACUAAGGAGUGGCUCCGUAAGAAGCAUCUUAAGGUCCUGGAGUGGCCUAGCCAGUCUCCAGACCUGAACCCAAUAGAAAAUCUUUGGAGGGAGCUGAAAGUCUGUAUUGCCCAGCGACAGCCCCGAAACCUGAAGGAUCUGGAGAAGGUCUGUAUGGAGGAGUGAGCCAAAAUCCCUGCUGCAGUGUGUGCAAACCUGGUCAAGACCUACAGGAAACGUAUGAUCUCUGUAAUUGCAAACAAAGGUUUCUGUACCAAAUAUUAAGUUCUGCUUUUCUGUAUCAAAUACUUAUGUCAUGCAAUAAAAUGCAAAUUAAUUACUUAAAAAUCAUACAAUGUGAUUUUCUGGAUUUUUGUUUUAGAUUCCAUCUCUCACAGUUGAAGUGUACCUAUGAUAACAAUUUACAGACCUCUACAUGCUUUGUAAGUAGGAAAACCUGCAAAAUCAGCAGUGUAUCAAAUACUUGUUCUCCCCACUGUAUGUGUGUGUAUGUAUGUAUGUAUGUAUGUAUGUAUGUGUGUAUAUAUAACAUGGGGGAUUGGAAGUGAUGCAGACAAUUACAUUGAUGGAAGUUACAAUCUAUCUGCAAUAUUAAGCUGAUCUACCCCCCCCCCCCCCCCCCCCCAAAAAAAAGAGUUCCAAGCAUCUCUGCCAAUAACAUAUGAUUUUCAGUUUUACCCUCCCCAUUCAGACCACUCUGAAAGUCCUAGCAAAAAUCUUGCUUGAGAAAUUACUAUUUUAUAAUAAUAAUAUGCCAUUUAGCAGACGCUUUUAUCCAAAGCGACUUAGUCAUGCGUGCAUACAUUUUUGUGUAUGGGUGGUCCCGGGGAUCGAACCCACUACCCUGGCGUUACAAGCGCCGUGCUCUACCAGCUGAGCUACAGAGGACCACCCAUACGUAAAAGCUAUUUUUUAAAUGUUUUUUUUUUUAUGUUUUCAAAUAAAAUGAUCACAGUAAGGUACUUAAUUGUUAUCCAGAAAUGAUUUGAUAUUGAGAUUAAAAUUGAGCAUUGGACCUUUUCUAAGAAAAAUGAGAUUUCAGUCUUGGGGGUGUGGUUUGAUGUGGGUGUGUUAUCUUAUUGGCAGUUACUACUGUUUGUCGCUCUUGAGACACCGUAGCAACAACAGAGCCAAUAGUUUACCACUUCCUCAAAAUAGUCACAAUUAAUCUAAGAUAAAUAAAGAAAUCUGUAAUAAAUGUUGACCUUUUUGCCGAGGAGGUUUUUGUCGUGAAAUUUUCCAUCCUAGCUAGGUGUUUGGUGCAGUAUUUCUCAAGUUCAAAAAUGUGCAUGAAAACUAGCAGUGCACUGCAGAAGACCAUCCAGUCUGCUGCUGCAGGCACAGAGCUAUAUGUGAACUGCGCAGGACUGAUUUGAUUCUAACCUUAAUCAGCAAGCAGUCAAACUACUGUAAAUAAAGCAUAAGCUACACACUGUUUAUCAGAGCCCAAAAUCACUAGCAGGCUUAGUUCCAUCUGUAUUUGUCAAUGAUGCUAGCUAGUAGUAGCUAGCAGGCACAUUGAGCAGGAAAGCCACGUUAGAUAAAUGAGCGAGUGUGACGUGUGUGCUUCGGUGCCGUUAUGUUUUCCAUGUUAGAUAGUGAAUCAUGUUACAAAACAAGUCAUGGCAGGAUACAAGAUGCUCGCUAAUGGGUUUAGAAUUUUGGAAUAUUGACAAGUGGCAGUUGGGAUACAAGUGCGCGCAUCGUCUCGAGUCAAUUCUCAUUUUGCACAAAACAGUGGCAGACAGUGCUUGACUUGGGCAGGAGGUCAUAGAGCUGAGUACCGGCAGUCCGGCACAUCACAUUUUCUACUGCUUGAGUUCAUGCACCUCAAAUAGAAUAUUAGCUCAAGUAUUAUGGAGUUCCUGCACCUAAAUAUAAACAGUACCGGCACCCGAAAGGAGUAAGCUACCGGCACCUAUUUCAGUCCAAGUCAAGUACUAGGCAGACUAUAGUGAUCACUAUCAGACACAUCAGCAAGUGGCCACUCCAUAAAGGGCUUAGGGGCUAAGUGUUCUUUCAACAUAACAAUGGUUGAGUUCGUUUUGCAUGGCCAGGGCCCCCGGAUAGGCAGAGUUUGAUUAUUUUAGACCAUUGCAUUGUUCCUUAAUGUGAAAUCUCCACCCACCCGGGGCAUCGACGCCUGGGGCCAUGCAAAACUGACUCCGAGUCCGAGGUGCUGCGUAAUGUGGGAAGGUCUGUCUUACUGUCUGUGUUCUUCCUUACGAUUGGAUAGAGCGCAAUCAGCACAGCUGUUUCUUGUGCAUGACGAUUCGCCCUAGGCGCUACAAUCCCAUGAUAGUGGGAAUGAUCCAAAUCAAAACCUAACCCCAAGUAAGUCGUGACAAACUCAGUUAAUACAAAUCUCACACAACUCUGUUUUGGAAUAUACUGACUUUAUGACAUUUACAUUUACGUAAUUUAGCAGACGCUCUUAUCCAGAGCGACUUACAGUUAGUGAAUACAUAUAUAUAUUUAUUUUUUUAUACUGGCCCCCCGUGGGAAUCGAACCCACAAACCCUGGCGUUGCAAACGCCAUGCUCUAUCAACUGAGCUACAUCCCUAAUAACUGACCAUAAUUAUCCUACUUACACUUUUUAGACAAUUUUGGCACUGGAAUAAAUGUUUCUGCCUAAUAUCAAUGCCACAUAGGUCGUUUUAUCCAGAGAAGUUGGUUCUUGUAUUCAGUUGCCCUUUAACUUCAGUGAUACAUUUCUCUUUUGAUAUCUUUUCACUCCUACCAGGAAUCAUACUAACCUCCCUGACGUCUCACUUCUUUCUAUCACUUUACCUCCUUCCAGGAACCAUAGUAACCAACUGUCUUCUCACCUCUUUCCAGGAACCAAAGUAACCACCUGUCUUUUCACCUCUUUCCAGGAACCAAAGUAACCACCUGUCUUUUCACCUCUUUCCAGGAACCAUAGUAACCACCUGUCUUCUCACCUCUUUCCAGGAACCAUAGUAACCACCUGUCUUCUCACCUCUUUCCAGGAACCAUAGUAACCACCUGUCUUCUCACCUCUUUCCAGGAACCAUAGUAACCACCUGUCUUCUCACCUCUUUCCAGGAACCAUAGUAACCACAUGUCUUCUCACCUCUUUCCAGGAACCAUAGUAACCACCUGUCUUCUCACCUCUUUCCAGGGACCAUAGUAACCACCUGUCUUCUCAUCUCCUUCCAGGAACCAUAGUAACCACCUGUUUUCUCUCAUCUCGCCUCCUUCCAGGAACCAUAGUAACCGCCUGUCUUCUCAUCUCCUUCCAGGAACCAUAGUAACCACCUGUUUUCUCUCAUCUCGCCUCCUUCCAGGAACCAUAGUAACCGCCUGUCUUCUCAUCUAUUUUCCAUCCUACCAGGAACCAGAAGAAGGAAGCAGAGUGUAACAUGGCCAUGGGUCAGUGGAGGAACUUGGAGGCGGUCCUCAACUCUAAAGAUGCAGAGCUGGCCAAUCAACUGGCAGAUAACAGAAGACAGGCUGAUGACAUCACUGACCUAAAGACCCAGGUGGCCAAUGUAAGGACUAGACUGCAGUCUAUAGGCCUUCAAGUGGGGUUCAUUUAAUGUUUUGUUUGCAAUAGUUAAAUACAAUUAAACCCAACACCACAUACAGAUGUUUUUGUAGAAUUUUGAGUGUUAUGCAUCAGGUUCUGUGUCGGGUGUGAACACUGCUAUGGAAGCAGCUCUGAGAAGGAGUGGGUGACAACGCAAAAGGCAUGGAACAGCGAUGUGCUGAUUUGACCUUUUUGAAUCUCCUGUUAUGUUUUUUAAUGAUAGUCUGAAGCUAACUAACUUGGCUAGCCAUAGGUUUAAGCUGGUACUAGAGUAGGGUGGCGAACAUUAGCUAGAGAGAAGAUGCUUAUGGGCUUUUAGGAGACGUAGCUAGGUAAUUUAUGAGGGGGGUUGCUUCAUUUCUGCUAGAUGUUAACCCCUUGAAUGGAAAAAGUGAUCUCUUUGACUCCUUGUCUCAGUUGGAGUGUGCGCUGGCGGAGACUAAGACCCAGCUGAACUCUGAGAUGUUGAGGAGGGUGGACCUGGAGAACCAGGUGCAGACGCUACGGGAACAGCUCGAGUUCCAGAGGCACAUCGAUGAACAGGUAACACGCACACUUGACACACGGCCACGGACACAUAGACAUGGACGGGCACACACUGCUGUACAGGCAAGGCAUCACGUGGCCCACUAUUACCACAGGAGUGACACAGAAGGAAGAUUGGUUGGUUGUAGAAGUGGGUAACACCUUUGACAAAUAAAUAGUAAUAUAUCAAAGUCUAUGUUGUCUCUGCCUGUCUGUCUAGGAGGUGUGGGGUAUCCAGAGCAUGCAGGAGGGAAGGGGUUAAGGGAAGUGGAUAGGGGUAGGAGGGUGAGGAGAAAUGGUUAAGAGCUGGGGAUUAAAAUGGAAUGUGGCCCAUGUCGUUUCCUCCAUGUUGGGUAGAAGGGGUCGUGGUAGGGAGGGGGUGAGGAUAGGGUCUGGGAGAAGGGACUAGGAGUUAGAAUGGAAUGUGACCAAUCUCUUCUUCCUGCGGUAGGCGUUUGCCUCUGUUCAUGUCGUUGUGUGUGUGUGUGUGUGUGUGUAGGAGGUCAGGGAGAUCCGGAGCAGACACGAGAGUCGCCUGGUGGAGGUGGAUUCUGGGAGACAGAAAGAAUUCGAGAGUAAGUUGGCCGAGGCCAUGCAGCAGCUACGGCAGGAGCACGAUGGACAAAUCCAGCAGUAUAAAGAGGACCUGGAGAAGAAUUUCAAUGCCAAGGUACUCUCACUCUCCUGCCUCUCUCUCUGUCUCUCUCCCUGCUGCUCUCUGUCUCUCUCCCUGCUGCUCUCUGUCUCUCUCCAAUUUGCUGCUCUGUGUUCAUGCCCAGUGAAGUGCUAUCAAGUGAACUCUCCCUUCUCUCUGUCUCUUUCACAGCUGCUUUCUGUCUCUAUGUAUCUUACCUCUUCUCUGUGCUAGUUGUCUCUCUCAUUCUGGUUGUAUCUACUUGUCUCUCUUCCUGUUGCCCUUUUCUUGUGGCAACAGGUCACAAAUCUUGCAGCUGUGAUGGCACACUGUGGUUUUUCACCCAGUAGAUAAGGGAGUUGAUCAAAAUUGGGUUUGUUUUCGAAUUCUUUGUGGAUCGCUGUAAUCUGAGGGAAAUAUGUGUCUCUAAUAUGGUCAUACAUUUGGCAGGAGGUUAGGAAGUGCAGCUCAGUUUCCACCUCAUUUUGUGGGCAGUGUGCACAUAGCCUGUCUUCUCUUGAGAGCCAGGUCUGCCUACGGCGGCCUUUCAAUAGCAAGGCUAUGCUCACUGAGUCUGUACAUAGUCAAAGCUUUCCUUAAGUUUGGGUCAGUCACAGUGGUCAGGUAUUCUGCCACUGUGUACUCUCUGUUUAGGGCCAAAUAGCAUUCUAGUUUGCUCUGUUUAUUUGUUUGUUCUUUCCAAUGUGUCAAGUAAUUCUCUUUUUGUUUUCUCAUGAUUUGGUUGGGUCUAAUUGUGUUGUUGUUGUUGUUGUUGUCCUGGGGCUGUGUGGGGUCUGUUUGUGUUUGUGAACAGAGCCCCAGGACAAGCUUACUUAGGGGACUCUUCUCCAAGUUCAUCCUCUGUAGGUGAUGGCUUUGUUAUGGAAGGUUUGGGAAUCGCUUCCUUUUAAGUGGUUAUAGAAUUUAACGGCUCUUUUCUGGAUUUUGAUAAUUAGCGGGGUAUUGGCCUAAUUCUGCUCUGCAUGCAUUAUUUGGUGUUUUACGUUGUACACGGAGGAUGUUUUUGCAGAAUUCUGCAUGCAGAGUCUCAAUUUGGUGUUUGUCCCAUUUUGUGAAUUCUUGGUUGGUGAGCGGACCCCAGACCUCAGAACCAUAAAGGGCAAUGGGUUCUAUAACUGAUUCAAGUAUUUUUAGCCAGAUCCUAAUUGGUAUGUCAAAUUUUAUGUUCCUUUUGAUGGCAUAGAAGGCCCUUCUUGCCUUGUCUCUCAGAUCGUUCACAGCUUUGUGGAAGUUACCUGUGGCGCUGAUGUUUAGGCCGAGGUAUGUAUAGUUUUUUGUGUGCUCUAGGGCAACGGUUGUCUAGAUGGAAUUUGUAUUUGUGGUCCUGGCAACUGGACCUUUUUUGGAACACCAUCAUUUUUGUCUUACUGAGAUUUACUGUCAGGGCCCAGGUCUGACAGAAUCUGUGCAGAAGAUCUAGGUGCUGCUGUAGGCCCUCCUUGGUUGGUGACAGAAGCACCAGAUCAUCAGCAAACAGAAGACAUUUGACUUCAGAUUCUAGUAGGGUGAGGCCGGGUGCUGCAGACUGUUCUAGUGCCCUCGCCAAUUCAUUGAUAUAUAUGUUGAAGAGGGUGGGGCUUAAACUGCAUCCCUGUCUCACCCCACGGCCCUGUGGAAAGAAAUGUGUGUGUUUUUUGCCAAUUUUAACCGCACACUUGUUGUUUGUGUACAUGGAUUUUAUAAUGUCGUAUGUUUUUCCCCCAACCCCACUUUCCAUCAAUUUGUAUAGCAGACCCUCUCUCUGUCUCUCUCUCUGCUGCUCUCUCACUCUGCCUCUCUCUCUGUCUCUCUCUCUUCCUCUCGCUCUCUCUCCCUGCUGCUCUCUCUGCCUCUCUCUCUCUUCCUCUAUCUCUCUCUCCCUGCUGCUCUCUCUCCCUGCUGCUCUCUCUGCCUCUCUCUCUCUCUGCCUCUCUCACUCCCUUAUUAUUUUCCCCUAACCCUACCACCCCUCCCCUAAUUGGAGUAAACUAAUGGACAACAACACUUAGGCAUCUUCUUCCAGCUUAUACAUUUUACAGACACAGUAUAUUUGACAAUAGUUACCUUUUGUUUGUUAUUAGUCCCAUCCUUCAGCUCCUCUCAACCCCUCCCAUCUAUCUCUGAACACCAUCCAGCUUUGAUUUCCUCUGCCGCUUUCUUGCCAAAAUCAACAUUUGCAGGCAUGGAUAAAUGUGGGAACAUUUUAGAAAGCAUACAGCAGCAGCUAAACAUUUUGAAACAUUGCGAUCUUGAAUAUGCGCCCAGUUUCAAAGUGACAUUCAAGAGUAUGUUGAGGUGUGUGUGUGUGUGUGUGUAUUUAUGUUUGUCGCUGGUGUAUAACUGUGUGUGUUUCUCAGACAGAGCUGUGUGCCAGGGAGUCUCUGUGUGUGUCCUGCAUACUGUUAGAGCAGGAGUGCAUGAUGACUGAAGAGAAAAGAGCAGUGAGAAAGAUGGCAGUGCAGAUUAGGGAGGGCUUUGUCCAACUGAUGAAGGUAUUCUCACCAGUCCUCCCCCUGUGUUAGGUACAAGUGUCGUCAUACUGUAGCCAAUAGCAAACACUUGAGGUACACCUUAUUUGGCUUGCUCUGUAAAAUGGAACCAACCGAAUAGUUCCAAAAGUGCAAACCCAGUCCAUCAUGUGUACUGGUCAAGCCAAAUCAAGUUCACCUCAAGUAUUCAACAUGUAUGCAGUUGACUCUGGUCUGUUGGGCAGCUCCACUCAUAUGAGGAAGUUAUUUAGAAACAUUGCUGUAAAUCUGAAUGUGUGUCUUAUUCAAAUUUGUGGCUUAUGAUAAACAGAAAAUGUAGCUCAAUCUCAUGUCAAAGCAUAUGACAUUAACACAUUGCUUUUCCUUUGGUGUGUGGGUGACAGCUAGAGAACGCCCAUCAGACGGCGCUGAAGAGCAGUGACUUUGCAUCGUCCACCAGAGAGGAGCUGUCUGGCACCAAGCUCCGCAUCGAGACCCUCUCCUCCCAGCUCAAUCACUUCCAAAAACAGGUACCUGGUGUAUGUGUGUAGGAGUAAGGUAAGGUUGCCUGUAGAUGGUGAUCUUGGGUCAGUUUUGCAUUUCCCCACUAUUGGUUAAGGUUAGGAUUGGGGAAGAGAAAGGGAAGGGAAGCUGAUCCUAGAUCUGUAGCUAGGAGGUGUGACUGAGUGAAGUUCCAUAAACGGGUACCUACCUACCUGACAUGCCCAGGCUGCUGCUAGGCCUUUACUAUAGGACAGGAACCUUUGACUGGUUUACAGACUGAAAAACAAGAGAUAUAAUAAGACUUUUGAUGUUGGAGAUCACUAUGUAUGUUGAUUGGAGUCAGGGAGUCAAAGUUGUCUGUGUGGAUGACUGUGUGUUUCUCACAACCCCUAUUUCACAGUUUGUUCUCUCUCUGUCUCCCUCUCACUCUCCCAUCUCCCCCUCAGAACGGGGCCUUGGAGGGGCGUGUGCGGGAGCUGGAGCGGACCCUGGACCGGGAGCGCGAGGUGUGGCAGCAGCGGCUGAGCCACAAGGACGAGGAGAUGUCGGCCAUGCGGACCCAGAUGCAGAGCCAGCUGGAGGACUACGAGCAGCUGCUGGAUGUCAAGCUGGCCCUGGACAUGGAGAUCAACGCCUACCGCAAGAUGCUGGAGGGCGAGGAGCAGAGGUGAGGGGAAAUGGAGAGACUGGAGGGAAAGGAGGUGAGGGGGAAAUAGAGAGACUGGAGGGAGAGGAGGUGAGGGAAAAUAGAGAGACUGAAGGGAGAGGAGGUGAAGGGGAAAUGGAGAGACUGGAGGUGAGGGGAAAUGGAGAGGAGGAGAGGAGGUGAGGGAAAUGAGACUGGAGGGGAGGAGGUGAGGGGAAAUGGAGAGACUGGAGGGAGAGGAGGGUGAGGGGGAAUAUGGAAGGAACUGGAGGGAGAGAGGUGAGGGGGAAAUGGAGACUGGAGGGAGAGGAGGUGAGGGAAAUAGAGAACUGGAGGUGAGGGGGAAAUGGAAGACUGGAGGGAGAGGAGGUGAGGGAAAAUAGAGAGACUGGAGGGAGAGGAGGUGAGGGGGAAAUGGAGAGACUGGAGGGAGAGGAGGUGAGGGGAAAAAGAGAGACUGGAGGGAGAGGAGGUGAGGGGGGAAAAUGGAGAGACUGGAGGGAGAGGAGGUGAAGGGGAAAUGGAGAGACUGGAGGUGAGGGGGAAAUGGAAAGACUGGAGGGAGAGGUGAGGGGAAAUGGAGAGACUGGAGGGAGAGGAGGUGAGGGGGAAAUAGAGAGACUGGAGGGAGAGGAGGUGGGGGGAAAUGGAGAGACUGUGGGAGAGGAGGUGUAAGGGGGAAAAAUGGAGAGACUGAGAGGUGAGGUGGGAAAUGAAGACUGGAGGGAGAGUGGGGAUGGUGAGGGGGAAAUAGAGGACUGGAGGAGAGGAGUAGUGAGGGGAAAUAGAGAGACUGGGAGGAGAGGAGGGUGAGGGGGAAAUAGAUGGUGAGACUGGAGGGAGAGGAUGGUGAAGGGAAAUGGAGAGAUGGAUGGUGGGAGUUGGGAAAUGGAAAGACUGGAGGGAGAGGAGGUGAGGGAAAAUGAGAGACUGGAGGGAGGAGGUGAGGGAAAUAGAGAUGGAGGUGGAGUGAGGGAGGUUGAAGGGGAAAUGAAGGGACUGGAGUGAGGGGGAUAUAUGGAAGACUGGAGGGAGAGGUGGAGGGAAUGGAGAGACUGGAGGGAAUAGGUGAGGGGGAAGGAAUAGAAGACUGGAGGAGAGGAGGUGAAGGAAAUUGGAGAGACUGGAGGGAGAGGAGGUGAGGGAAAAUAGAGAGACUGGAGGGAGAGGAGGUGAGGGAAAAUAGAGAGACUGGAGGGAGAGGAGGUGAGGGGGAAAUGGAGAGACUGGAGGGAGAGGAGGUGAGGGAAAAUAGAGAGACUGGAGGGAGAGGAGGUGAGGUGAGGGGAAAUAAAUACAUAUUAGUGAGGAUUCAGUAUGCAAGCACGUACACACACACACACAAGGUUACAAGGUCCUUUCCCCAAACAUACAAAACUCAUAUAAUUAGUUAAAAUGCCUUUAUUGUUAUAGAAUGUUCACUAGAACAAAAACUUUAACUCUGGCCUUUAUCACAGAGUAACAAUGAUAACCAGUUUAUUUUGAACAAACCAACUUCCAGUGAACCCUGAUUGAAGAGUGGUUACUGAAUAGUCAUUGGUGGACACCACAUAGUAAACAGUAAAUGGCAGUAGGCAAUAUACAUUCAAAAUUGUGAAAUAGAUAUAUUAUCAAAAUGUAUAUUAAUGUUACAAGUAUUAGAGAAGACAAAGUAGUCCUGGUCUUGAAUAGGAGCGGGUGCAUUUAGUGAGAACAAGGAGUUUAACAUAAAACAAUCCACUAGAUGUCAGCAAAGAUGGACCACAGUAGAUAAAACAUAGAGAAGGGCAAUACGUCAACUAAACUCGGGUUUCCCAAACAUCUUUCUGACGUGUUUCUAUGUUUCCAGACUCCACCUCUCCCCGAGCCCCUCCCAGCAUGGGGCUGUGGCACGCACGCAUGCACACGGUGCCCGCCGUGUUGUCCGCGGGAAGAAACGCAAGAACGAAGGUGGUACGGGGUCCUCGCCGGCCUACAAGGUCACGCAGCACGCCAAGGCACACAGUCACGUGAUGGUGUCGGAGAUAGACCUGAAGGGGAACUACGUCACGCUGAAGAACAACUCUGAGAAGGUACCUACCUACCACCUCGCUCUGAUCAAUUAGGAGAGUCCGAGUACCUACCGCCCGCUCUGACCAAUUAAAGAUGGAAUCCGCAGUAGGGGGAAACAGCUCCCCACCACCAUUGUUAUUGUUUGUUGCUGAGCUGAGGAGCGUCACGCAGCAUGAUAAAACAAAAUGGCAGUACAUCUUGUGCUCUUCUAUCGCGUGUGCAAUGAUGUCUGAGAUGGAAAAUACAGUGUUGGUUGUUUGUAACUUUGUUUUUGUAAUAUCACAAACAGACGUGGCAGUUUGACCAUUUUAAGGAUUCAAUCUUUAAGUACCUACCGCCUCGCUUUGACGAAUCAGACAGUGUUUGAGCAAAUCUGAUGCCCUACGUCUCUACUUAGUGCACUACUUUUAGUCAGUCACCCAGGGCACUGGUUAACAGGUAGUGUACUAGAUAAGGGAUAGGGUGUCAUUGAGAGCCUUAGUCUCUUUAAGUCCUGUGUUUGGUGUUUACAAACCUGCCGUUUGUUUCAUUGCAAUGCAAAUGUAUCCUGACAACGAUCCCCGUCUCUGAAACUGUGUGAAUGAUCUAGGUUGUGUUCAGUAGGGCGACACGUUUUUAAACAGGGAGGUGCUACUUGAACUUGUCCAAUUAAAACAGACCAUUGUUUUCCGUUGCAAAACAUUUUGCUCCAGUAUGCCCUACUGAACAUGCCGCUGUCCCCAAUCUGAAUUCUACAUGGGUCGUAUUAAUUAGGGCUCGCCGUUGUAAAACGUUUUGCAACAGAAAACCAGAACGAGCAGUCCUUAUUGGACAUGUUCAGGUAGUCCGUUUGGUGCCUAGUGAAUACGACCCUGCUGUUUUUCUCUGCUGUUCCAGGAGCAGCCACUAGGGGGCUGGGUGGUGAGAAGGAGUCACCUCGACUCUCCUGAACUCUUCUUCCAGAUCCCACUUUCCUACAUACUGGCUGGGGGCAACACGCUUACUGUGAGUAGACACAUGCACCUAACACACACACACACACACACACACACACACAUGCACGUAUUGGGGAAAACGGACAUGUGUUUACUCUAACCAGGCCUCCAUACCCAAUAGUCCUCAUCUCCAAAAAUUAUUAGUAAAAGUAAAAUAACAUUUAAAAACAUGCAUUGCUGACAGUGUGUGACUGUGAUUGUGUGUGUCAGAUCUGGGGUUCGGAGGCAGGCGCAGAGGCCUCUCCAGGUGACCUGGUCAUGAAGAACCAGAGGAACUGGGGUCCGGUCAAUAACGUGAUCGUCACCCUACUGAACCCAGAUGAAGAGGUGACCACUACUGACCUCUACUGA